UCAUAAACAGCACAAUCACCCCAAAUAUGACUUUCACCAAAACCUCUCAGAAGUUUGGGCAGUGGGCCGACAGCAGAGCAAACACGGUGUUUGGUUUGGGAUUCUCCUCUGAGCAGCAGCUGACAAAGUUUGCAGAGAAAUUCCAGGAGGUUAAAGAGGCUGCCAAGCUCGCUCGAGACACAUCCCAGGAGAAAAUCGAGACCUCAAGUCAUCAUUCCCAGGAAUCUGGGCGUGAAACCCCAUCUUCUACUCAGGCAUCCAGCGUCAAUGGAACGGACGAUGAAAAGGCCUCACACGCAGGUCCCGCCGACGCACACCUCAAGUCUGAGAACGACAAGCUGAAGACCGCUUUGACGCAGAGUGCUGCCAAUGUGAAGAAGUGGGAGAUUGAGCUGCAGACCCUGCGGGAGAGCAACGCCCGACUGACCGCAGCGCUGCAGGAGUCGGCGGCCAGUGUCGAGCAGUGGAAAAGGCAGUUCUCCAUUUGCCGAGACGAGAACGACCGGCUCCGCAACAAGAUUGAGGAGCUGGAGGUGAAGUGUGGCGAGGUAAACAGGGAGAAGGAGAAGAACACCCAGUUGAAGAGGAGAAUCGAGGAGCUGGAGUCGGAGCUCCGAGAAAAGGAGACGGAGUUGAAAGAUCUCCGAAAACAAAGUGAAAUCAUACCUCAGCUCAUGUCAGAGUGUGAAUAUGUCUCUGAGAAGUUAGAGGCGGCAGAAAGAGACAAUCAAAACUUGGAAGACAAAGUGCGGUCUCUAAAGACGGACAUUGAAGAGAGUAAAUUCCGCCAACGCCACCUGAAGGGGGAGUUGAAGAGCUUCCUGGAGGUUCUGGACGGGAAGAUUGACGACCUCCAUGACUUCCGCCGAGGCCUGUCCAAGCUGGGCACAGACAACUAGGUUCGGGGAGCGGGGUCUUACGGGCACGUCCCCAGAGUGUAUGUGAGACAAGGAGGACCAGGACAUUGUCCCGUUCGCGAUGCUUCUGUAAAUGCAGGUGCAUUCUGUCGUGUUUCCAAACCAGUUGUGCCGUCCACUCACUCCACUCCAGAACAGAAAUCUCUCACUUCUUUGGCCUUGUGAGGCUGUGGACAACUGGAAGCUUACGACUCAGGAAUCCAGAACUUGGUCUACCUUAAACGUUUACGCAGUCAGGGCAGGGAUGUUUAUAUCUUUCUUUAAGGGCUGUUGCAACCCUAUUAACUGGGAAAAAAACAGUAUUUUCUAAUCCAGAUAUCAAUAUCUUUUACAAUAGGCCAGUGCACUCCUCUUAUUGAGUAGCAUUCAGUGGAUGUGACUGUCCAUGGGCAGGUGGAGGGAACAUCUCUCUGUAACAAUUUUGAUGCUUUAAAGUCGAGAGUUAUCUGAAGAAUGGUAACAAGAAUCUGGUGGAUGCAUUUGCUGGCAUGGAGAUACUUGCAUCCACUAGGUCCCAUCGUCCCCCAGUUUGUAUGGUUGCGACAAUGUUCCUUCUCUUGGGUUUUAAUUUCUGAGCAGAUGCUUGUGCUGUGGGAGCGGCAUGCAGUGAGGGUGCCUAGCACAGUGCCAGGCACAAAAUAGGUGCUUUAAUAAACAUUUGUUCAAUUAAACAUAUAAACAGAA